AUGAUAUUGAGUCAAAUUGCUUCCAUAUAUGAUCCAUUAGGGUUUGCUGUACCAGUAUUGCUCAAGGCGAAAAUUUUGAUGAGGCUCGUGAUUUCCAGAAGUGAAUCGAAAGAUGGCGGAAUCAAGUGGGAUGAUCCACUUGAUAUUUCCAUGGUUAAGGAAUGGAAGAUGUUUUUCAAGGAAUUGUAUGAGUUAGAGAGAUUGACUUUUAGAAGAUCCUUGAUACCAUCUAAUGUAGUUGGUAAACCAAGCCUAAUACUAUUUUCGGAUGGUAGCAUGCAAGCAUACGGAGCUUGUGCAUAUGUGAGGUGGCAAACUGGUGAACAUGAAUUUGAGUCACAUCUGAUAGCAGCUAGAAAUAAGAUUGCACCAAUGAAGCAAAUGUCCAUUCCUAGACUAAGAGAAUCUAUAUUAAAGGAGUUUACAUGGAAGUUUGAGGCAAUUUACCACAUAGUUGACUCAUCAAUUAUAAGAUCACAAAUCCAAAAGGAGAGUCACGGAUUCAAUACCUUUGUUGCAGUACGCAUAGCAGAGAUACAAAUCAAGACCGACCCAAAGGAAUGGUGGUGGGUCGAUUCAACACAGAAUAUCGCAGACAUGACCUCUAGACCAUGCAAACCAGAGAAAAUGGAAGAGAAUCUGACUGGCAAAAUGGACCCAAGUUUUAACUUUACCAACUAA